AAAAUGCUCGCUUUCUUUCUAUAAGGAAACGAUAAUUAUUACCUCUGCCCCUCGUCGUAGGGAUAGGCAUGGCACUGAGCUUCUCCAUUAAUGCUGCAAUUUUACCUCAACAUCACGGAAAAGUGAGUGAUAGGAACAGCAGAUGUCUCAAUAAUGUCAAAAAUCUUCUACAGAAGAUAAAGGUUUCUUCAACGGUAUCAUCUCCUCAAGAAUCACUUCAAAACGGCAAUUGGGUCAAACUUAUUUGUGGUGCAAGCUUUGAGGAUGCUGUUGAUAUCAGGAAUCUUUCUCUGGUUUAUACUUUGGCUGGAGUUGAUUGCAUUGAUUGUGCUGCUGAUGAAUCCAUAAUCAGCGCUGUGAAUGAAGGAAUAGAAGCUGCUAGAGAUAUUAUGGAUAUUCGUAGGCCUUGGAUUAUGAUUAGUGUUAAUGAUGAUGAAGAUCUUCAUUUUCGCAAAGCAGAAUUUGAUCCAGAGGAUUGUCCAUCGGACUGUUCAAGGCCCUGUGAGAAUGUUUGUCCUGCGGAUGCAAUAUCGUUAGAGGAAGUAAAAUCAACAGCAAAAUUUCCCUAUGGUACCAAUAUGAAGAGUGGAGUCAUAACUGAACGAUGUUAUGGUUGUGGCCGCUGCUUUCCUGUAUGCCCCUAUGAUAAAAUAAGAGCGGUCACAUACGUAAGAGAUGCUGCUGCUACUGCUGAACUUCUGAAGAGAAAUGAUGUUGAUGCAAUAGAGAUACAUACAAGUGGAAGGCAGAUGGCUCCCUUCAAGGAGCUUUGGGAUGGUUUGGGAACCUCACUGAGAUACCUGAAACUAGUGGCAGUUAGCUUACCUUAUUCUGGGGACUCAACUGUUUCUUCUAUGAACACUAUGUACUUGAUCAUGAGACAUCAGCUGAAUUGUCUCAAUCUAUGGCAGUUUUAUUCUCUAAUAAUGCAUGUUGCCUGUGAAUCAAAGUUGGAUGGUCGCCCCAUGAGUGGAGAUAUUGGUCGGGGUGCAACAAGGGAAUCGAUUGCAUUUGCUGUUCGUUUGGCUGCUGCCAAAGACAGGCCUCGUGGUUACUUUCAAUUGGCAGGCGGUACAAAUGCUCACACGGUGGAUGGAUUAAGAAAACAGGGGAUUUUCCAAACAGUAUCAAUUACCGAAGAUAACAAAUCAGCAGCAUCGCCAUAUAAUUCACGGCAUGCUUUAAUUGGCGGGAUAGCUUAUGGUGGGUAUGCACGCAAGAUUGUUGGAAGGGUCUUGAGAUCCAUGCAAUGUAAGGACGAGGUUCCUCGUAUUGAGGAUCAUCCCGUGCAUCUCUUAGAGGCAGUAAAAGAGGCCCUUAAUUUGGUUGGAACAGUUAAAUGUUAUGAUUUCUUCUCCAAGGAAAGCUGAUACAGUUUGGUUCCUGUCUGAAUCCUCAAAUUUUUCUCCAAAAGCUAUCAAUUCAUGUGGUUUUAAAGGCCCUUUCUGUGUUGCUAAGGGAGAUAGAAUAGGCUGGAUUGAAGGGGAAGUCUACGUAUACAUAAUUGCAAAGGACAAAAGAAUUUUCAGGUAGACACUUAAACACUGAGCUAUUUAUUGUAUUUCACACUUUGAAAUACCGUUUCAUAUAGUAUUUAAAAGAAUAUUUUCAAUAAUAGCUGUUAGAAUUAUAGGAAAUAUAGCACAUGAGAAUAAAAUUGUGCAGAUUGGCAGACCUCCAUGAAUCUUUAGUAACAUGGUUGAAAAUUCUGAACUGUGAUUAAUUUGAGCUACAUAAUGAUUCUUGAUUCUUGACAAAAUUCACACUUCCUCCGUCUCAAAUUGAUAGACAAUACUAAUUUCCACUAUUCUUAUCUCAAAUUAUGGACCCUCAUUUGUUACUUGAAUGAUUAAUUGUCAUUUUUAUUCUCAUUAACUGUAUUAGAAUUCAUUAAAGAAACAAAAGAUUCUAAAAGAAAAAAGUUACUAUUACAUCAAAAACGGACAAGUGUGUUUUUUUAUAUAUAAUUAAAUGAAACCAUUUUGUCUAGAUAAAUUGAUUUUUAUUAAUAAUUAUAUGAGACGGAGUAAUUUGCAAGGAUUUGAACUAAAAAUUUGGUGGUUGCCUGUUGGAUGACAACCUAAUGUGAUUUGUACCGGGUCCUCUUCCUUCUGAAAAUAUUAAUUUCUAAAGGCAGAUUGGACAUUUUUUUUGUUUCUUUAAACACAUAGUCAGAUUGGACUUCAUGUAUUGUAAAUGGAGCACCACUCUUUAUUUAUGUAUUUCACCUGUUUAAUUUAUAUCUUUCAUUUAUUUAUUAA